AGAGAAUAUGUUUUUCAGUCAGAGAAAAUGUGGCAUUAAAACGCCAACACGCAAACUUGGGGUUGACAAUCCACCAAAACAGGACAUCACAAGACUGGGGAAAGAAAUGGAAAGGAACAAACAGGCUUUAAGCAUCCUCAUUCAGACGUACAGAGAAGAAAAGUGUAUGUACAACCCGCAGGACCCGCUAUAUCAUAAUAAGAAUGCCAGGAAAGAGAAACUGGCAGUGAUAGGCAGUAAAGUUCGCGCAGUUUUGCCCAACGCAACAGAUGACUGCAAAACUCGAUUCAUGUCACUGCGGUCGCACUUUUGUGGAGAGCUAAAAAAAAAAUUAGAGUCAGUGAGCAUAGUGGUGCAGGGGCAAGCGAAGUUUACGAGCCUGCUGUGUGGUGGUUCAAUGCUUUGAAGUUUUUGAAGGACUACGUGACACCGAAGAAAACAGUGACAAAUAUCCCAAGCCGUAUGAUACCACAGUCACUCUCAUUAAAUCCAUGUAGCACGACCGACUGUCAAUGGCUCUUGUGUAAGUAUUUACCUACAUUUAAAUAAAAGUUGUAAAUAGUAAUUGCAACAAGUGAAUAACACAUCUAUUUCAGAAUACUGAGGUGUCCACAGUUACUGAAGAGACCAUAGUGAAUGAGGGAUAUAUUGAAGAUGACAACAGCAAUUACUCCCAAGACAUAUUUACUGUGGACUUGUCAGAGGGCAGUACAUCUGUGUCAACACCAUCACCUCUAAGUGAGCAGCCUUAUGCUUCAGUCAGAAAGAGGCGUAGGAAGGACACUGAGAAUGAAUUAGCCACCUCAACAUUGUCAGUCUUAAGAGACAUUAGAGUUUCAAAUAGUGGCAGUAAUGAAGAUGACAAGUUUGGGCAGUAUGUUGGUGCUAAAUUGAAGAAAUUGAAAGAAAAUCCAGCAAUUAAGGCUGACGUGAAAUUGAAUGUCAUGAAAUGUAUCAUGGAUGGCAUACGUAAAGAAAUCUGUAACUGAUUUUAAAGUUAAGGCAUUGCAUUUCUUUGAGUUAUUUUUAAAUAAAAGAUUGCCUUUUGUA